UGUGUAUGUGGUUUGUAAGACAUUUGCUGACAGGUCGCCAGACAGGAUCGGUGUCAGUCAAGUCAAUCGCGAUUCGCGAAAUUCAGUCUUCAGAGUCACAGGGUCGUGGUGGUGGUGGUGGUGACUGUAGUGUAUCGUGUCGUCGCCGACUCGUCGCAGUUCAGUUCCGCGAUUGAUCAGAGAGCAGAGAAGAGUGAGUGAGAUCCAAGGAGUGGAGUGUGCUUGUGGUGAAGUGGUUGGUCGAACUGAGAUUGUGAGAGCUCGAACGAGCCCGGAUUGAGUUCGGGAGAUUUUUUACUUAGCUCUUAAUAAACACGUAUAUCAUGGCGUCCGCAAAGAGAAAGCAAGAUGAGAAAAACUUGAAAACUUUACGCGAAUUAGUCUCGCAAUCAGGAAACAAGGAAUGUUUCGACUGCCGACAGCCAGGACCUUCUUACGUCAACAUGACAAUAGGAUCCUUUUGCUGUAUGUCUUGUUCCGGAAUACUACGGGGAUUGACGCCGCCACACAGAGUGAAAUCGAUUUCGAUGGCGACUUUUACCCAGGAGGAAAUUGAUUUCCUGAAAGAGCGCGGAAACGAGUACUGUCGAAGGAUAUGGCUCGGACUUCUGCAUCCGGAUGGCAGUCUCCCUAACGUGAACACUAAAGACGAGCAAAAAAUGAAAGAUCUGAUGAGUGAGAAAUACGAGAUGAAGAGAUACUACUUGAAUCCGUCCAUCGCUUCCGAGCAGAAAAAUCAGUCCAAAGAUUCAAACAACCAGUCGUCGUCGUCGAGCCUUCCAAGAGUCCCCAAUUCGAAUUCUAAUUUCAAUUCUGGAACAGCACCAUCACCGCCGCCACCAGCACAAAACUCCAACACUCAGAAACAAAAUUCUAAGCCUUCGGAAAAUAUGAGUAGUUUCCCGAUGGAUUUCGUCGCCGACUUCAGCAAAGUCCCUGAUCCCUAUCUGCCUCCGACGCCAACCAAUUUUAAUCAGCCCACUGUUGUUCCACAACCUUCCUUCGCGAACUUUGACAACAAUCCUAUUUUCAGUUCGCCGAAAAGCAGUACGGGAACGAGUUUUAAUACACCGGCGGGAUGUUUGACACCCAAUUUCAAUGGGGUAAGUUCGCCGCCAUCAGAAGAUCGGUAUGCUGCCUUGAAGGAUUUAGAUUGCAUGAUGAAGCAGGCGCAACUGAAAGAGGAAAAUUUGACUUCGGGCUCAACAUGGAAUACUAACAGUAACUCGAAUGUGGGAAAUUCAGUUUGGGGUGGAUGCAACAAUCACGCAUCUCAGGUGAUAUCUAAUCCGUUUUCAGCCGGCGAUUUGUGGCAACCGUCCAAUAAUUUAGUCAAUAACAAUAUGCAAAUUGCGGAUAACACUCUCAAUAAUUCGGCCAACCCCUUCAGGCAAAUCCAGUUCCCUGUGAGCAAUGGUGGAUCCUUUGACACGCUCUGGGCCUCGAAAGAGUCGCGAAACAAUGAGGAUGUUAUUUCAUCUAGUCAGCGCAUGACGUCAUUCCCGAGCAAAACGUGGCAUGCAAAUCCAUUUGUCGUGGGAUCUUCGAACAACCCAUUCUUGUGAUCAAGCAAGUUUUUUUAAACGAACGAACGAACGAACAAACUAUUGCGAAACUAAAUUACGCCUAGCUUAGGAAAAAUUAUUUUAAAACAUGACUCGAUUGAUAAUCUCUUGAAUUAUUCGUGUAAGUAAGUGAGUAGUAAUGCGUUUUAUUUAUGAACAUAAUUUACAAAGUGAAUAAAGUUUGUUACUGUUACCAGGUUAAUAAUAUAUAUAGUAUAUAUUUCCGCCACUUGGACACGCUUACUACGUAAUGUUAGAGAAGCUUGUAGCGCAGGGUGAUUGACAAAUUUUGAAUUAAAUUUUAAAGAAAAAUUAUUAUUGAUAGAGAAGAAAUGCAGAUUUUGAUUCCGUCGUUUCAUUCCAAGGUCUGCGAUAUCGAUUAUUCAACUUUUUUGAUUGUAACUAAUGAUAAUAAUAAUAAUAAUUCUUAAUGUAAAUUAUUGUAUACCUCUUCGUCAUCGUUUGAAGAAGAGCGAGCGAGCGUCUUUGAAACAAGAAAGUGUUAGACUUUAGAUUGGAUCAACAAACUGAUUAGUGAUUAUAGAUAAAGGAAAAGGAUCUGAUUAGGGUGAUUGUACCUAUUUUAUAGUGGCUUUAGGCGGAAAAAUGCUCUAUUUUUGUGACUGUUCUAGUUUAAGCGAAUAAUAUUCUUUUCGAAGCGCAUAAUUCGCGAAGAAUUUUGCCCAACACGACACGCGAACAAAAGGCGAUGGCAAUACUGUUGUUUUAAUUUUAUUAUUUUUUUUAAUCUUCCUGAUACGAAGUGUACUUUUUUAAAACAUCUGCAUGAUUUCAGCCAAAGGUACUACUAGGGAGCAAAAACUUACUGCCCUCCUAGUGGAGUGAAAAUGACACUUUUUUUCUCCUCGAAGAGCAAAAAAGUACGGAUUAUCCUCUAGGAAAUAAAAAGUACUGUUCGCUUUCUAAAUAAUAAAAGCAUUCUGCACUUUACAGGCAGUGAAAGUUAAAUAUAGAUUUGUAAAGUAACACUGUUGGGAAAAUACUUUGCACUCUCUGAAGAGUAAAAGGGUACUUUUUGGUUCCCUAGAGAAUAAAACGUAAUUGAAGGGCGCAGGGGAAUAACGACCUCAGUCCACUCCAGCUGAUUUUGAGAAAAAUCAAAUUCAACGCUCGGACUCGUGUCGUUCUUUCCAAGUACGGUGAAUCCUUUCAGUAUAUUUUCAAGGACUGAAAUCAUUGUUCCUAUAGAAUAAAACGGACUUUUCACACACUACGGAGUAUAAACUGACAAUUGUAAAUAAUUUAAAAAUUACGAGUUUGCAUUUUGCGACCAAUUAGAUAAAAUUUUCCAAAUUAUCUAAAAAUCUCUCAAUUCAAAAUGUAUCCUAAGCAGAAAUCAUGCAUUGUCAUAAAAAAUAUCGUAUGCGCCAAAGUGGGAGGCGGUUUUGUUAUUUUACUUAAAUUUUAACUCGGCCUAAACUCGCAAAUACUAGAUUAGAAAUUAAAAAAAAAUCCUGAGGCCUCAGAAUUUGAAAAUCGACCUAAACAAUGUUUUAAUAAUUGGAAUAUUUGAAAGCGUAUAAAUUGAAAAAGUUAUAUUUUGUAAUAUUAUAUAUUUUAUAUAGUUUAGGUGAAUAUUUUGUUUUCGAAGCACUUUUGUGUUGAGAAAAAAAGGCGACGAUAUGGUAAUAGUUUAUUCGCUUAAGAAACUUUCUAAUAAAUACAAAAUCACAAAUGAA